GCUCCUGGUAGCCAUAAUGGCCUACCUGAGUGUCAUGGUCUUGGUGUCUGUCUGGCAGCAGAAAAUCAGGGGGAAGUUGCCCCCAGGACCCACUCCUUUGCCUUUCAUUGGAAAUUACCUGCAACUGAAUAGAAAAGAUGUCUACAGCUCCAUCACACAGCUCCAAGAGCACUAUGGCCCCGUGUUCACCGUCUACCUUGGGCCUCGCCGGGUUGUGGUGCUUUACGGAUACGAUGCAGUCAAAGAGGCUUUGGUAGACCAAGCUGAGGAGUUCAGUGGACGAGGCGAACAGGCCACCUUUAAUACACUCUUCAAAGGCUAUGGUGUGGCAUUCAGCAAUGGGGAACGGACCAAACAACUCAGACGCUUCUCCAUAGCCACACUGAGAGAUUUUGGUGUGGGCAAGCGUGGUGUGGAGGAGCGCAUCCAGGAGGAGGCAGGCUGUUUGAUCAAGAUGUUGCAGGGCACUUGUGGAGCCCCCAUUGACCCCACCAUCUACCUGAGCAAAACAGUCUCCAAUGUCAUUAGCUCCAUUGUCUUUGGGAACCGCUUCAACUACGAGGACAAAGAGUUCCUGUCACUGCUGCAGAUGAUGGAUCAAAUGAACCGAUUUGCAGCUUCACCCACAGGGCAGCUCUAUGACAUGUUCCAUUCAGUGAUGAAGUACCUGCCCGGACCACAGCAACAGAUCAUCAAGGAUACUCAGAAACUGGAAGCCUUCAUGAUACAGAAAGUGAAGCAGAGUCACAGUACCCUGGACCCCAAUUCCCCACGGCACUUCAUUGACUCCUUUCUCAUCCACAUGCAAAAGGUGAUCCCAACAUCUGGGGACGGACAUCUAAACCAGAGCAGCUGGAAAUCACCCUAG